UUUUAUUUUUUGCAGCGUUUAAAUAUAUUUUUAAAUAAUAUAAAUUGGGUAUAGUUGAAUACAAAUGUAUUUAGAUGACUUAGAUAUCUACGAAGAUUUGGAUACGUUCCAGCAAGAUGAAGAAAAGAAAACCGCAGAACUUCUUUCACUGGAAGCAAAGUAUAAUGAUUCCCUAAAAACGAUUGAAACUUUGCAGUUGGAAAAUGCGGAUUUGAAAAAACAAAUAAGACGAAUAGGUAUCAAUUUUCAAAACUUGUUGGACACAGCAAAAGCAGAGAUCAAACGCAAGGACAAACAAAUCGAACAAUUACGCAAAGAGAAGGAUGAUAUCUGCUUCAGACGUAAGCAACCAAGAAGGGAAUAUACAGAUUGUGCAAGCACAUCACAAAACACAAAUACUUGGUUUAAAAACGAAACAGUCUUACCUACAGCAAAUACUAAUGAAAAUGUUGAAACCAUAGACAAUGAACAUCCGAGUGCAACCUCGUACAAUUCACGCGGUCGUGAAAUUACACAUAUAACCGAUGACUAUAAGAAACAAGAACGUCGCAAUGAAAGUUUGGAGCGUAAGUACGAUAGUGAUCCUCAGCGUGAAAAAUACAAUAGAAGCAAUAAACAAAGGGAACAGCAUGUGUCGAGAUACAAUGCGCGUAAUACGGAACGUGAUGGAAGUGUCCGAAACGCCACAAGAGAUUAUAGUCACAGUCAUGAUAACAGAACAGUGGAACGGGGUCAUAACAUUAAAAAUAAAUCUUUUAAGAGUGAAACUGAAAAAGAAUCAUAUAACAGUACAGACAAUGACAGACGACAACAUUCCUAUGAUAGAUUGGGCGGCCGUUCAAGAUAUCACGACAAAGAGGAAAAACCCAAAUAUGAAAGUUAUGAUGGUCGCCAUGACAGGCGGAGCGAUAGCAAAGAUGCAAGAAUCAGGUCUGAAAGUUCCGACGUGCGUCAUGAUAGGCGAAGUGAUAGCAGAGAUGCAAGAAUCAAGUCUGAAAAUUCUGACGUGCGUCAUGAUAGGCGAAGUGAUAGCAAGAGACAUCACGAGGAUGCAAAUAAAAAAUCUAAGGAUACGAAUGAGAAAGCGCGUGAUAAGGUUAUGAAUAUUAAUAGAAAUGAAAAUGUAACUUAUACAGUAGAUGGCCUUACACGAAGUAAAGAUAUUCAUGGGAAAGCACCGAAUCCUUUUAAAGAAGGAGGUAGGGAAGAUAAAUUAAGUCUAAAUCCCAAAUUUUGUGAAAGAACGCAUGAAGACACAAAGAAUAUGAAAAGAGAUCAGGGAGAUAAUUUUUUAGAUAAGCAUCUGCCAGCAUGCAAAGACUCACAAAGUCUUGAAAAAUUACUGGCAGAGCAAAAGCUAACCAAGGAAAAAUUAAUAGCGCUAGAAAAUGAGUUUUCUUGUAAAGAAACGGAUAAAAAUGCAAAUCGCUUGGUGAAGGCAGACGGUAUGACGACGCCAAAGAAAACAGCUUUGUUUGACGAACUUUUCGGAAACACACCCACUAAUGCGGGCGAUCUAAACAGUAAUGUGAUUGACUUUCGAAAGGAUAGCAGCAGUUCGGCAACAACCUCUCCCAGCAAUUAUACCGAUACCAGCGAACCGACAAUAAUAUCUUCCACAAUCAAUAGUAAGAAAACAGACACGAAUGACUAUUAUAUACCAAUAAAAGAAGAACAAAACAAGCAAAAUAAAAAUGAUGCAAAUCUUGUGACCAACAGCGAUAACGGUAGUUUGACAGGUAAGCCGCUUAUUGCCAGUCUCACUAGUGAAGAUCAAGCUGCAAAUGAGAAUUCAGCUAAAAAGCCGGUCACUGGUGUGAAAAGAAAUGAGGAAACUGUAGAUUAUGCCAAGAUAGCCACAAUUUUACUAUCAGAUGACGAGGAAGAGACUGAAAUUGAACAAGCAGCUGAAACACACAAAGUUGAAAUAUUAAAAAAUGAGCCAAAAUAUAAUGGAAAUAAAAUUAAUGGUGGCAUACAAAUUUUGUCGAACAUACGUCUACCCAAUAUUUAUGAGAUACGUGCACACCAAAGACGAUUGCGGGAACUCGCUGCAGCUAAAAAGCCCAAACGUGCUAAUAUAGUGGAAACAAGUAUAAAACCAAAUGCAGCACAAAAUAUAACAAAAGUGGUAGUACCAGUUUCGGAACUCGUUACCAAAGGCAUACAAAAGAAUUCGAUAACAACAUCUACCGCUGCAGAAAAUAAUGAAGGUAUUGAUUUGGAGGAGGAAAGCAUCGAAACAAAAAUUCAACAGGAUAAAAACUCCCCACAGUUGAGCGCUGGAAUUAGUGCUGAUACAAAUGAUAUUACACUAAAUAAUGAAACCACGACAGAAGUGAGUAGUUCAGACACAACUAAAAUUGUUGACCAGAAAAGCAUAGAAAACUUGAAUCUGGUGGAUGAAAAUGUUCCGCCGCGUUUGGAAGCGAACACAGGAGCUACGCAUAAUGAUAAGUCUGUUGCGGAUGAUGUUGUGUUGAAGGUUGCUACAUCGAAGCAAAUUAAAUCUGAUACGAUAGAAAUUAAGCGCCAAAAUAUAACUGAGGAAUCUAUAAGAUCAAGUAAUACUGAAAAAUCUGAACAGGUUAUAAAUGGAACAGAGGGUAUUAAUGAAAUAUUAACAAAAGCGAAAGUCGAGCAAAUAGCCAUUUCAGAAACCAUUUUAAAUAAUGCUAUUAGUGAUGUAUUGGAGACUGUUGAGCUUAUAGUCCAAAAUGAAACAAAAUCGCCACAAAUUGCAAUUAUAACGGAUAUAGAACUAGCUGUGAGUUCAGCAACUAAUAUCAACAAUGAAAAUAAUGAAUCUGGCGAUUUGCCUUUGAGCCACACUAUUGCGAACAACGAUAUGCCAGUUAUGGAUUUGUUGACAGAACUAUUACCAGACGACAGUGAACGGAAAAUAUCAAUGGUAAAAUGCUUAGAGAAUAUUAAAAAUUCACAAGAACUUGCUGAGGGCAACAACGAAAUUUCGCAGACCAGUAAGACGUCGGAAAAUAACGCAGGUAUGGCACUCGUAGAAGAAGAGUUACUUUGUGGUGAAAAUACGAACCAUCUAUUGCAAAAUAGUCCAAUGAAUAUUGAAGCAAAAGAAUCGUGCAAGCUAAAUGUAAUUGCUCAGCAAAAAGAAAUUACUGAAGUUAAAGAAAUUGAUGAGCAAAAAGUGGGUACUACAGACGAAGUGAAUAUGCAAGCAACUGAAAAACUGCUUGAAGCUGUGAAUACUGCAAAUGAAUCCACGAUCGAAGUAAAAGUUAUUUCAGAGACUGCUGAGAGUAACUGUGACUCAGUUUUAAGCGCAGAGAAGAGCGAAGAAAGCAAUCGUAAAACUCAUGAAGAUAAUACAGAGCAAAAACCAAUUGCACGAAGUGAGGUUGUCAUACAAAAAGUUGUCCCUGAGUCAGCAGCAUAUAAAUCGGAAGAAUUGCUUGUCUCUGCAGACACUACAAAUGUAAGUUUCAGUGAAAUUGAUGAUGGCAUAACGAAAUGCAGCGAAGUUAUGGUACCUGAUACCACAAACCGAAUUAUAAAUGAAACAGAAAGAAGUGUCGAUUGCAACAGGAACGUGGAACAUAGUGGUGCUAUUAUUGAUAAGUCAGAGAGUACAGAACCCAACGGUAUUUCUGAAGAAUCCGCAAUUGCAGAAAACGCGACUGAAAAUGGUAGUGGUCCUAUUAUAGAGAAGCCGGAGAGUGCAAAAUGUAACGGUAUUUCCGAAGAAUUCUCAGUUGCAGAAAGCAUCACAGAAAGUGAUAGUAGUCCUGUUAUUGAGAAAUCGGAGAGUUCAAAGCAUAACGGUAUUUCUGAAGAGUCCGCAAUAGCAAAAAGCACCACAGAAACUGGUAGUGGUCCUGUUAUUGAGAAAUCGGAGAGUACAAAAUCCACAAUAGCAGAAAGGCACAUAGGUGUUACUGAAGAAACCGCAAUUGCGGAAGGCUCAAUCGUUCUCGACGAAAGUGUGCUGCGUGAGACCGAAGCUGCGGUGUCCUAUUUAGUUAACAGCAUGGACAAGCUGACCAAUAGCUUUUUAGACGGAAAUGAAAAAAUAACGGAAGUUCAAAAAGUACCCUACAUAGAUACGAAGUGUGCGGUGGAAUCAAAAGUAGUUGAGAAACAAUCUAAGACAGUCGAUAACCAUCGAAAUAAAAAUCCAAAAAGCAAAGCGAAAGGACUUCCGGAUACCGUUAAUAAUUCACCCGAACGUAACGUGCUUAUUGAGAAUAUGAAGCGGUCCGAAGUUUUGUGGAAAUUUAAAAUACCUAAAAUUUCUGCGAAAAGGAAGAGAGAAGAGAGCGUCGAUGGCACUAGUGCGAAAGAGUGUAAGAACGCAGCGACUGACGUAGUUAAAAAACAGAAACUUUCUAUUAAAGCAGUAGAACCAAUAAUUCCAUAUAAGAAGAAGAAGAAUGAAAAGAUAAUACCAAAACAAGUGUCAGAGGAAACAAAGAUGCUUCAAAUCAAUGGGAACAUAGACAAGAAUCUGUUGGAAACGAAAACGUUAUUUGAGAACCAAAAGAAAAGUGAGCGUAUCAUAAAAGAAAUCGACAACUGGGCAAGGCGGAAGGUGGGUGAGACAACGGAAAUUUUCGAAACAGAAAAUCCAAUAGAAUAUGCGCAAGCACACAAAAUCUCCUGUGACGGAACUGUGAAAAAGGCACACAGCAAAGAUGAAAUAAGCACAAUACAAAAGACUGAUGAACACAAGGCACACAUAGAUAAAAAUAGUGAAAGUACUACGAAUGAUUCCGAAUGCGACAACGCAAAACAACGGGAUUACAAUAAGCUGCCAACAGAAGAGAGAGGUACUCGUGAGCGCAGUUGUGAGAAUACAGAUCAAACACAACUGUUAAAGGGACAGAACACAAAAAUUCAAGAACGCCGAAAGAGUCAACAAAAAGUAGAGCACGACGAACACUCACAAGGCACGAAACCUCGAAAUGGCAAACACGAUGUGGAAAUCCAUAAGGAAAAGAGUCAAAAAUGUGACGAAAUGGCAGAUAAAUGUGGGCAAAGGAUUGUUACAAAGGUUCAGCGUGGUGACCUAAAAACUCUAAAGGUAGAAAUUAUUGAAAAAGCAAAUAAUACCGUUAAAAAAUCAUUUGGAAGUCAUGAGUUAGAGGAGAAAUCUAAGAAUUCUUCCGACAGGAAUAUUCAAAACGAAGGUGCCAUUAAGAAAGCGCUUGAAAGUUUGAACAAUUCCACUACGGAGAACAUAACCGCUAAAUCACAGGUCGCAGUAGCUACAGUUGCCUGCAAAAUAAAUAAUGUAAAAUGUGAUAUUUCAAAAGAGUCAGCAGACGAGCUAAGCCGGAAGAAAACAAGCAAUAAAUUUUAUUCCGUUGCGAAGAAAAAAUCAACUGAGCAGAAAUUGAACGAAGAAGAGACUGAUAACCACGUGAAGCGCGUCAUAACCGACAUUGGUGGGGGUAAAAAAGAAAACGUACAAAAACUAACGAAAAAAGAACUUACUACUACCGAAGAGAUGCAAGUUGCAAGCGAUUCCCAUACAGAAACCACAAAUGAUCAUCAAAGAAUCGCAACCGAAUUCAACCAAACACCGAAGCGUCGGAAAACGAGUGAAAGUAGUGAUGAUGCGGAAGUUAUGUCCAAGUCGCAACGACGCAAACGGUUCAAAAUGCGUAUUGUAGAUAGCGAUGAUGAUGAAAAGUAUGCAAUUCACACGCCGCCUACUGCAGUGCCGGAACCAACAGAGUCGCUUGUUGAUGUGGCACGCAAAAAUCGAGAUAUUAUCGAUAUACUGCAAAAUGAUCGAGCCAAUGAAUCGAAUGACAAUCUGCCUGCGCCUCAAACACCGACCUCACUACCGAUGAACAUCAGUCAGGAUGCCGAAUAUGAAGAGAUCGAUUCGCGUAUGCAAUUAAUGUUCGCGUCGCCUAAAAUUGCAGACAAAACGUCGUCUAGAAAUUCGCUAGCAGUCGCCAAUCAGCUCAAGACUCAAUUACUGCAGUCUAGUUUGAAGGAUGGUGUAGUUGUAGCGGCUGUAACUGACACCGUUUCGUCCAAUAUUGCAGACGAAAGGACUCCUAACGACCAACUUGUGAUCGAAAACUCGAUUAAAUCUCAGCCACUUUUGGACGAUCGUGCAGUUGCAAUCGGACCAACUUCGUCCAAAUCUCCAAAUACAGCGUCGUCUGAACAUCCGGCUGUCGCGAAUCCGAUUAAAUCCCAACUAAUGCAGCAAGAUUUGGACGAUUGUGCAGUUGUAACGCACGUAAACGGUACCGAAGCACCAACCGGUAUUGACUUAGCUACCAACGUAAGACCCGCUGACUUCAAUAUUACGGACAAUUUCCUCAGCGACAUCAGCGCCAACACUUUCCUCGCAACCGAUAUGAAUGUAACCAUAGAAGAAACCAAUCAUACCAACACCUCGCUCAGCGACAGCAGUUUGAGUACGAAGCACAUUUCGCUCGGCUCGAGUGAUUACCGUUUUGAAAAGGUUUCGGAGAAUGUUGUAAACCUAUUUAUAACGCGUAAACGUCGCGGCAAGCGAAAGGCCACUGCCACAAUAACAACAAAUACAGUAACGGCAACUUAGCUUGUAAGCCCACCCCGAAUGUUGUAUAUUCGAAUAUAUAUACUAUAUAUAUAGUUACAAAAACUGAA